UUGUAUAAGUUAAACUCCAUUAUAAAUUUGAAAAACCAGUAUUCUUUAUAUGUUUCUAUUGUGUUCUAUGAUGUCAACAAAAUAUUGGAUUUUCUUCUUUCCCUUUCUCUUGAUCGAACACAAAGCCAUUUCAGCUCAAGAAUUUGGUGGCGUGAAGACUGGGAGUUCGCCACCGUCGGUUUCGUCGAUUCUGAUCUUUGGUGAUUCGACGGCGGACCCCGGGAACAAUAACUACAUCGGCACUCCGUUUAAGAGCGAUUUCUCCCCUUAUGGAAGAGAUUUCUUUAACCACACACCAACAGGAAGGUUUACUAAUGGACUCCUUGCCAAUGAUUUUAUUGCUAAGUACAUUGGACUGAAAGAGAUAGUGCCUGCAUAUCUUGAUCCCUCUCUCACCAUUGAUGAACUGAUAAGUGGAGUCAGUUUUGCUUCUGCUGGAUCUGGAUUUGAUCCUCUUACUCCAUCCAUAAGCAAUGUGAUCACUCUGUCGGAUCAGAUGAACCACCUGAAAGAAUACCGACGAAAGGUGGAGGCCGCGGCCGGGGAGGCGAAGGCGAAGGAGGUGAUAAGCAACGCCCUUUUUCUAGUGAGCGCGGGCACAAACGACUUCGUCGUCAACUACUUCGCCUUACCCGUUCGAAGAAGAAGUUACACAAUCCCAAGCUACAUAGAUUUCGUCAGCAACGGAGCUACUCAGUUUUUGCAGGAAUUAUUGGAUGAAGGAGCUCGAAGGAUCGGAGUGGUGGGGCUGCCGCCGAUGGGUUGUCUUCCGGUGGUGAUAACCCUCUUCACCAAUCACCCCAUCCUUGACCGCGGCUGCGACGACAACUUCACCUCCGUAGCUCGAGACUACAACCAGAUUCUGCAAAAGGAGCUCGAUGCGUUGCAAGUUCGUGUGCGAUCUUCGGGAGCUAGAAUUGCUUAUUUGGAUGCCUAUACUCCACUCGAGGAGAUGACUUUAGGCCAUAAAUACGGUUUUGAUGUGGUAAACAGUGGAUGUUGUGGGACGGGCAUGGUGGAAGCAUCCUUUAUGUGCAACCCCAAGUCUCCAGUUUGCGAUGAUGCAUCCAAAUAUGUGUUUUGGGAUGCGAUUCAUCCUACUCAAAAAUCCUACGACCUUAUCUUUCAAUCCUUUCGCCCUGCACUCGAUUAUCUUGUCGGAAAUUAGUUGACACAAUAACAUCGAUCGUGUCCCUUAGCUUGGCCACGCACUACUGGAAUGGGUUCAUGCUCUUUUAUUCAUCAUUGCCUUCGGUGGUUGUAAUGUAAACCUUUUCUUCUUACUCACAUUCGAAUUUCAAGAGUUG